AUGUCUAAACUCUAUGAAGCAAUCAAUUUACUUGAUUCAGCAGAGGAAAGAACUGCACUACGAAUCUUCUUCACUAAUACAGAAAAAAGAACUGAAGCAGAAAGCAUCCUUCUUACAUGUAAAGAUAAUAAAGAGGUAGUUGCUUAUUUUAAAGGUUUCUUAAAGUCUGUAGAGCAACAGAUUGAAAAGUUAGAGCAAGAAAACAAUUAUUUAAAAGAAAAAUUGGCCCAAAGUGGUAAUAAAUAUUCAACGCAUCUUGGCUUGGUUUUUGAUAACCAAUUUUGUUCUGCCAUAUGCCCAUACUUAUUAAUAAUAUCAAAUGUUGCAGAACUUCCAGGAACUGCUGAAUCUGUAUACAUUUUCAUUGACAACUCAAAGUUAUACAUUCAAGGAAAGAAAAAGGUUGCUGAAUGUGAAUCUUUAUAUGAAAAUAUGGUUCAAAUUGAUUACGGUAAACUAGUUGAAAUGGGUCAAAAUGAACGACAUAUGGGUGCUAAUCCUAUUAUUAUUGGAUCAUGUCCCCCUCCUGAAGAUACAUUGUGGAAUUCUCUUAGAAGGCUUGGAUAUAAUGUGACUGUAUAUGACCAAAAUUUUCUAAAUGAAGAAAAGGAAGUCAACUCAGAAAUGGUUAGAAAUAUUCUCAGAACAGUUUAUAGAAAUAUCCCUGGUACAGUGAUAUUAUUCACCGGGGAUGGUGACUAUGGUCCAGCAAUAAGAGAAGCUCUUGAUAAUAAUUGGACCAUUGAAAUAUAUAUGGUUUUGGUCGACUGGUAA